AUGUGGUAUCCUCCUCAACAGCAACAGCAGUAUAGCUGGCAUAGCUAUGCGCAUCAUUUUUCACCUCAACAGCAACAACAACAAACUUAUUCGAGAAGUUCAUAUUAUAUUUACGGUGAUGAAUUAUCGACUACAAGCAUUGUACCAAUGAAUCAUGAGAAUGAAUCACCUAUGCAUUGUCAAGCCGCAUACUGCGGCAAUGAUCACGUUAUUACAGACUGCUACGUGACUACUUCAAGCAAUUCAUACGGUGAUGAAAUGCCUUCAUUUCAUACAACACCAACACGAAAUGCAUAUUGGAAUCCAGUUAUUGCCGCACCAACAAAAAAUAUGACUAUUCUUACAUCAUCGUCACCCAUUAUUUCCUCUUCUUCAUCAUCAGCAUCAACUUGUUGGGACUGGUUACUUUUUUCGCCAGAAUAUUACUCGGACGUUUAUACGCCAUUAACGAGUUAUGUUCAAAAAAUCGAAGAGGAAAAAGAUAAUGAUAUUGAUUGUAAUUUUCUAGCGAGUUUACCAACAUGUUUACUCGCAUUACUUUAUAUAACACCAAAAUUAAUACAUACAUCGGACGAUGAGAAUGAUAGUGAUCAAGAGAUUAGUUCUCUUCAUAGAAAUGACGAGUCAUUAUUAUCAUCAUUAUCGAAAAAUCCUAUCUCGUCUAAGUUAUCAUUAUCGUCCGAUAAUAAUAAUAAUAAUUCAAAUUUAAAUAUUAAUAAUCAAAAUUCUAAAGAAGAUCGUUCAUCAACACCCGAUACAGAUGAUGGUUAUCAAUCAGCUAGUGAUGCUAGUCGUAGUGAUUAUUCUCAACAAUCAUCAAUACAUGACGAUCAUAAAAAUAGUAAAGAUGAUAUAAUAAUAACUAAACAUUCUUUACCUACACCACUUAUGCCAAGACGUAUAACAUAUGCAGCUGCUGUUAAACCAAUAACAACAUUAACAAAUAAAAUAUCGUCAUCUCCCGUAUUAACUAAUAAAUCAAAACAAAUAACUAAUAAUACAUUAUCAACAACAACAACAACUAAUACAAAUGAUAUAUUGAAUACUAAAGGUCAAAAAUCAAAAUUUAUUGCACCACGUUUUGAACGUAUGCAUCAUGCAAAACAAUAUACUUCUUCAUCAAUAUCAUCUAAUCGAACACAAAUACGUUCGAAUAAUAAUAAUAAUAAUCAACGGAAUUAUAUUGUUAAUUCAACACGACGUCGUUAA